AUGGAAAUCGCCAGUGUAAUGGAUAACAUGAUGAAAACCAGCAUGGGACUUCACGAUGACCGGUCCAGUCGAAACAGCAACAGCAGCAGCUCCGGUUCGCCCACAGUAGUACACGAGAAAAAGAAAAUGUUGGACAUAACGCGAGACCGACCAAUCAAAAUUGCAGUUCGAGUACAAGUUCCUGUUCGAGACCAUCCAAAGUUUAACUUUGUCGGUAAACUACUCGGCCCAAAGGGAAACUCACUCAAACGGCUGCAGGAAGAAACGAUGUGCAAAAUGGCCGUGCUAGGCAAGGGAUCGAUGCGCGACCGAAAGAAGGAAGAGGAGCUACGUCUCAGCGGUGAUCCACGGUACGCGCAUCUAUCCGAGGACCUGCACGUGGAAAUCUCGACCUACACCGCACCGGCGGAAGCACACGCUCGUAUCGCGUAUGCCCUGGCGGAAGUGCGCCGGUUUCUGGUUCCGGAUUACCAUGACGAUAUUCGACAGGAGCAAAUGUGGGAAAUGCAGGCAUUAAAUUCACAAAACGCGACCAGUAAUCUAACCUCAGCCCACGAUAACACACUCAACGGUGGCUGUGGUAAUGGUUUGCCCACCAAUGGGAUGAGCAUCAGCAGCAGCGGAAGCAGUUGUAGCACCGGAAGCACCGGAAGCACCACCAACGGAACCAUGCCUACUAGCAACGGCCCGCUCAGCAACGGUACGGGGCUGAACGGUGUGGUCAGCGCUGCCCAGGUCGUCCCGAACGGCGUCACCGGGCUCGGGACCGGAAGUAAUGCCUCGGCCGUCGUUGGUGUCGGAACGGAACUUACCAGCAAUGGUAGCACGCAACCAUCGUCCGUCGUGUCGGAACUGCAGCAUGUGACGAACUCGCUGACGCACCAUCAACACCACCAUAAUCAGCAGCAGCAACAGCAGCAGCAGCAGCAAUCGCAACACCAUCAGCACCAACAAUCGCAGAACCAGUUCCUUUCGAACGAUGCGGACAUGAGCAGCCUCCUGCAGCCGAUGGACGUGAACAUGACGUCGGCGAAUCAUUUUGUGAACUCUUUACCUACGAGUGACCUGGAAGCGCAAACGUUGGCGUUCGUCGAAUCGGCCAAUGCAUUCCUGCAUCCGGCGUUGCGCGGCGUAAAAGCCGUCAGCUUAGCACGUAAGCGACCCCUGCUGGGAGGACCACGAUCGACUAUGAACCCCACCAAGCGCACCGUGAUGACGCUGAUUGCACGUGCACGCACGGCCCAGGCCCUGCACGGUUCCCGAACGGCUCAACCGAUUGGCGAACCGAUACAGGUGAUCACUUCGCCGCUCAUUCUUCAACCACCGCUGGAUUUAUUGCAGCCAAAUGCGGGCACCGGCGUGGUCAAAGAAAACAUUCUGCAGGGUGCUUAA